AUGGUUGUAGGAGAGCUGGGUCUGGGAAAGACAACAUUUGUCAAUACUCUGUUCGGCGACAAGUUCAAAGAGACUCCCGAAGACCAUAACCCGAUCCGUUCUACCUAUAAGAUGUCGAGCGACGAUGCCAACAGAUCCAUGUCUGUUGUUCACACCGAAAACGGAAUCGAGGUCACCAAGUCGUCGGCUAUACAUCCCAUGAUGGCACCAGGUUAUAAGUUUUAUGAAGCUUCGACCAAAACCACCAGAUUGGACAUCAGAGAGACGAGUUAUGAGGAGCAAGGAUUUCGAGUUCACUUUACUGUUAUUGAUACACCUGGAUUUGGAGAUUUCACCAACAACGAUUUUGCGUGGGUUCCACUUGUGAAGUAUAUUGACGACCAGCACCGUAUGUAUAUGUUGCGUGAAGAGCAACCGUUUCGGAAAAAUCUUGUUGAUACACGAGUUCACGCUUGUUUGUACUUUGUACGUCCAUCUGGACAUGGAUUGUUGCCCUUGGAUAUUCGCGUGAUGAGUGAACUUGCCGGGCGAGUCAAUCUUAUCCCAGUGAUUUCGAAAGCAGACUCGUUUACAAGAGGAGAGCUUGAAGAGUUUAAAAAGAACAUUCGCGAGGCAAUUAGGGCCAACAAUAUUGAUAUCUAUGAGCCGAGCAUGUGGCUCGACUCAGAAGUGAAUGGACUCAGUAGUGAUGAAGAAGAUUCUGCAUUGAAACGUAAUGCAGGAAACUGGCUACAAAAUGGCCACGCCAGUGAUGUUUUGAACCGAUUUAAUAGCCAUGGUCAUAAUACUAAUGGCGAGUCAUCAGAUUCUGAUGAACUUCUCAACGGAAUGAACUCGUUUAGAGAUGGCCCUUCUGCUAAUGGCGAGCAGAUGGAGUAUAAUGGAGAAGAUUCGGCUAAAACGGCUGUUCACAAAUCAGACAAAGAAAUCUGGGAAGAGAGUACACCGUUUGCAAUUAUUUCAUCAGAAGAAGUAGUUUCACUUGACAAUGGAAAACCCAAAGUACGUGGAAGGGUCUAUGACUGGGGAAUUGCUGAGGUAGAAAAUGAAGACCACUGCGAUUUUGUUAAACUACGAGAUGUGUUGAUGUCGAAAUAUAUGUUUGAUCUCAUUGACACAACAAUCGAGCGCCACUACAAUAAUUUCCGGGCUCUCACUAUGACACACAGAAUCAAUGUCGCCAAUAAGAAACAUUUAGACACGUUGGAAAAUUCUGGCAAUCAGUCAAGAAAAGUUAGUCCCCUUGGUGGAACUCAAGCACUUUGUGAGAUCUUUAGAUAUGGUUAUACUCAGCUUCAGGAAGAUAGUAGAAGUCAGGACCCUAUCUACUUGGCUAGAAAAGAACGACUCAAUAAACACUUUGAGUCUAUUAUCGCAUUUCAAGAGACAAAAUUUAAGAAAUGGUUCCGAGAGUUAAUGGCUAAACAGCAAGAGCUCAACGAGGAUAUUAAUAGAGACAAGAGAGCGUAA